AGUUGAUUUCGGUGACGUGCAGCCGUGCGAAACCAAUCGGAAACGCGCCCCCUCGGCCGCGACACACGCUCCACAGCAGCCCUAGCCCCCCGCCGACAGCCCUGCCGCCAUCGCGGGCAGCCAUGGCGGCCAGAAACCCCAAGCACGCGGACCCCAAUGAUACCAGUGACGCCGCGCCGGUCCGGAAGCGCACUCCCAAAGAAAGCUGCCUGGCCUUCUGCUCGAAGUACUUCUGCGAGGGGCAGCGCGUCGAAAAGGAGCUGCAAGCAAAAAUCGACGAGGGGACCCUGUCCUGGACGGAAAAGUGGCGCAAGCAGCUCGCCAUGGCCGUACCAUUCUUGCUCGUGCACAUCGUCUGGUGGACGGCGAUGAUCCGCUGGAACUCGUGGCACAAGUUCACGGACCGCAUCGCGCAGCAACAAAGAUUUAGGAAAGUUUUACCGAACGGCAAGUCCAUCCGGACGAUGCAUUCGAAUGUCAGGCCCUGGUACAUGAGCGUGACGAUGAUUUUUGGUAGUAUGGUCGCCGGCGCGACGUCGGAGGGCGGCGCUAGUAUAGCCUUCCCCGUCAUGACCCUGGCCAUGGACGUCAAGCCCCACGUCGCGAAGCAAUUUUCGUUCAUGAUCCAGUCCGUGGGCAUGACGGCCGCGGCCUUCGUUAUUUUGUACAUGCAAGUGCGCGUGGACUGGAAGUCGAUCACGUACUGUUCGCUCGGUGGUGCCUUUGGUGUUAUUUUUGGGUUAGAACAAGUGGCACCGACACUCACCCCCCCCUACGCGAAGAUGUACUUCGUGUGCUGGGCCGGGUCCUUUGCCGCAUCAUUGUACUUUCUCAACCGCAUCCACGGGCGGAAAGUUUACUUAGUCGUAGACCCAAAACAUUUGCCAGAAAUCUGGGCCAUGGGCGACCUGACGCCCUACUGGCAGCUCAAUUUGCUGCUGAACUGGAAGGCCAUGAUUUUGCUGGGUGCUGGUUUUAUUGGAGGUAUAUUUACCUCUAUUGCCGGUAGUGGUAUUGAUAUAUGCUCCUUCUCCGUCCUGACGUUGCUCUUCCGAGUGUCGGAGAAGACGGCCACGCCCACAAGUGUAGUGCUCAUGGCCAUCAACACGUUCCUGGCCAUGUGCUACUGCAAGUGGAUGAUGCGCGAAGGGCUGGAACAGCUCGCGUGGGAGUUUUUCUGCGUGUGUGCUCCUAUCGUCGUUGUGGGUGCCCCUCUUGGUUCCGUGCUCGGGUCGUAUGUCCACCGCCUCGUAUUAGCUGCGUUUGUGUACGCGACGGACUUCGUGCAACUGAUCGGUGCGCUCAUCGUCGUGCAACCGUGGUCGCGCGAGAAGUGCACCAAAGAGUUAGCGCCGGCCAAAGAAAUGGCUUUAGGGCCGGAGACGUGCAACCCGACGCAUCUGUGCUGGUCGUCCGCGGCCAUUUUUAUUUGUGGUCUCGUCGCCUUCUGGGUGAUGCAGUGGGCCGGCGAAAAACUCAUCCAGAAAAACACGGCGACGGAGAAGGAAGUGGCGGAGCGCGAGAAGCUCAAGAGCGCUGAGGAUGUGGGGGACGUCGCCUAGUUGCUUUUUUCGUUCGUAAGCUCUAAGACAUCGAAAUCUGA